AAACAUUUAUAUUCAGAAAGUGCAAGACUAUAUAAUCAUGGUUCAAAAUUUUAAGUUCUAGUGCAAGUAAGUUUACUACAAUUAAUCUAAAAUGACGACUUCGCUGCAUCCAUCUGCAGCAAUGGCGACAACAACUGUGAAUGGAGGACAGACAGUGGUUGGACAUCCCCUGAUGGAGCCAGAGGCUGUAGUCACGGUGUACAAACUGAUGCAACAACUUGAAACCCAGUCUUCUAUUAUAAUUGAAGGGGUGGCGAAUUAUAAUGCCGAUAGGUUUGAAGUGAACUUCUUAAUUGGAAGUACAAAAGACAAUGAAAAGCCUGACAUUGGAUUCCACUUUAAUCAGUGUUUAAAUUGGUACACUUCUUGUAACACCCGCCUGGCAGGCACUUGGGGCAAGUAUGAGGGACCGACUCAUGAAAAGUUUCCGUUCCGUCCAGGUCAGCCGUUCUACCUCGAAUUCUACGUCACUGAAGCCGAAUUUAAGGUGGCUGUGAAUGGUCAGCACUACCUCUCCUACAAACACAGAGUACCUUUUAAGGAUAUCUCCAAAAUACAGAUCCUCGGACAUAUAACUCUGGACAACGUCAUCUUCCAGACCUCUCCUGAGUACCCUUCCCCUCUGUCGCAGGCAAAACCUGUGGAAGGAGGGCAGACAGAUGUUGAAAGCGACACAUCAUGUUGGAACAUCAUGCUGGAGCCCAAGGGUAUAUUUGCUGUAUACAAUCUGACGUCUCAACUGCAAGCUCUCUCCUCUGUUAUAGUUGAAGGGAUGAUGAAUGAUUAUUCUGAUAGUCUUUCCAGGAAUUUUGUAGUGGACUUCUUGGUUGCAUCUCCUUGUACAGAAGACUAUACAAAGAAAAUGAAGAAGUUUGUUGGUAUAUCUAGCUUGAAUACCAUUUUUGAAGAAAAGCAGCCUGAUAUUGCAUUCCACUUUAGUCCAAGGUUUUAUGAGCCAGACUCUCAAAAUAUGACCAACAUCACGGAUUGUGACACCCGUCUAGGAGGCACUUAUAGCCAUUAUAAAACAGCUCAAGAAAAGUUUCCGUUCCUUCGAGGUCAGCCUUUCUACCUCGAAUUCUACAUCACCGAAGACGAGUUUAAGGUGGCUGUGGAUGGUCAGCACUACCUCUCCUACAAACACAGAGUACCUCUCAAGUUCAUCUCCAAAAUCCAGAUCCUCGGAGAAAUAACUCUUGACAACGUUAUCUUCCAGAACACCACUAUGUACCCUUCCCCUCUGCCGCAGGGAGUGUGGAUAUGUGCAGAGGAUUAUAAUAAGGAACAGCAUGGCGAAAUAAUUCGUAGUCCUGGUGUGCCGCGACUCAUGCCACAACCUGACUCCACUAAUGAAGUACAAAAGGCUUUGGCACCAGGGCAAACAAAGGCGUCUAGAAAUCUUGCACUUCUUACUGAACCUGUGGAAUAUAUUGGACCUACCCAAGACACAUAUCAGGAUGAUUCCCCAGGAGGGUGUCUUGGCACUACUAUGGUAAUAACAGGAACACCUGAGUUUGAGAGAACCGACCAGACUUUCAACAUUAAUGAUGAAAGUGUGGACGGAGAACAGACAUAUGUUGGACCUACCCCAGGCACAUAUCCCGAUGGAAAUUGGAUAUGUAUGGAUGACUAUAAUAAGGAAGAACAUGGCGAAAUAAUUGCUACUGAAGAAGAGCCAUGGACACCAACAGUUAGGCCAGAACCACCGCCACCAACAAUUGUUCAACCACCGCCACCUACAAUUGUUCGACCGCCGCCACCGACAAUUUUUGAACCAACGCCACCGACAAUUGUUGAACCACCGCCACCACCACCGACAAUUGUUGAACCACCGCCACUGCCACCACCACCGACAAUUGUUGAACCACCGCCACCGCCACCACCACCGACAAUUGUUGAACCACCGCCACCGCCAAUUGUUCGACCAAUGCCACCCACAAUUGUUCAACCGCCGCCACCGAGCGUGGUUCAUCCGCCGCCGCCACCAACAAUUGUUCAACCACCUCCACCGCCAAUUGUUCGACCACCGCCACCUACAAUUGUUCAACCGCCGCCUCCGACAAUUGUUGAACCACCACCACCAACAGUGGUUCAUCCAACAAUUGUUCAACCUCCGCCACCAACAAUUGUUCGACCACCGCCACCGCCAAUUGUUCGACCGCCGCCACCAACAAUUGUUGAACCACCACCACCAACAAUAGUUCGACCACCGCCACCUACAAUUGUUCAACCGCCACCACCGACAAUUGUUCGACCACCGCCACCGACAAUUGUUGACCCGCCACCACCGACAAUUGUUCAACCACCACCACCGACAGUGGUUCAUCCAACAAUUGUUCAACCGCCGCCACCGACAAUUGUUCAACCGCCGCCACCAACAAUUGUUCGACCACCGCCACCGCCAAUUGUUCAACCGCCGCCACCGCCAAUUGUUCAACCGCCGCCACCAACAAUUGUUCAACCACCACCACCAACAAUAGUUCGACCACCGCCACCUACAAUUGUUCAACCGCCACCACCAACAAUUGUUCGACCACCGCCACCGACAAUUGUUAAACCGCCACCACCAACAAUUGUUCAACCACCGCCACCGACAAUUGUUCAACCGCCACCACCGACAAUUGUUCGACCGCAGCCACCGACAAUUGUUGAACCACCGCCACCUACAAUUGUUCAACCGCCACCACCGACAAUUGUUCGACCACCGCCACCGACAAUUGUUCAACCGCCACCACCGACAAUUGUUCAACCACCGCCACCGACAAUUGUUCAACCACCGCCACCGACAAUUGUUCAACCGCCACCACCGACAAUUGUUCGACCACCGCCACCGGCAAUUGUUGAACCGCCACCACCGACAGUGGUUCAUCCAACAAUUGUUCAACCGCCGCCACCAACAAUUGUUCGACCACCGCCACCGCCAAUUGUUCGACCACCGCCACCGACAAUUGUUCAACCGCCAGCACCGACAAUUGUUCGACCACCGCCACCGACAAUUGUUCGACCACAGCUACCGACAAUUGUUGAACCACCGCCACCUACAAUUGUUCAAACGCCACCACCGACAAUUGUUCGUCCGCAGCCACCGACAAUUGUUGAACCACCACCACCGACAAUUGUUCAACCUUCCCCACCAACAAUUGUUCAACCACCACCACCACCAGUGGUUCAUCCACCACCACCGACAAUCGUUCGACCGCCGCCACCGACAAUUGUUCAACCGCCACCACCGACAGUGGUUCAUCCACCGCCACCACCAACAAUUGUUCAACCGCCACCACCAACAAUUGUUCAACCGCCGCUCCCAACAAUUGUUCGACCACCGCCACCAACAAUUGUUCAACCGCCACCACCAACAAUUGUUCAACCGCCGCUCCCAACAAUUGUUCGACCACCGCCACCAACAAUUGUUCGACCACCGCCACCAACAAUUGUUCAACCGCCGCUACCAAGAGUGGUUCGUCCAACGCACCCGACAGUUGUUCAACCUCCAACAGAUCCUUGUCCACCAGCAAUACACGAUGAUCCAUGCCAGUACAUUGGAGCAACAUCCAAAGGGAGUACCGAUGAAGGCCGUAAGAUUAAUGAGCUUAAAGAACUUGGAGUUAUCUGUAAGCCAAAUCCCAACCCUUGUGAGCCUAGAGAUAAGGGGAAACCUGGAUAUGUGGAGUUCCUAGUGUCCAGUUUUGACAAAAUAGAGGACGGAGCUUUUGAGGAAGUGUUUACUACGAGAAAACAACUCCACGAACUACAGAUAAGCAUCGAUGCAAUGAGAGCCAUUGAAGAAUGCUGAUCAAGUUUGGCAGGACCAGAAGUAAUGACUGAGCUGAAGGCUAUUUGGUGGAGGUGUGAAACGUCAUGGCAAGUCAAGGAAAAUGUUAAAAAAUUAAAAAAUUCCAAGUCAAGACAAA